AAUGAAAGGACGUCGUGGAAGUGGUCGUGGUAGGCAAGUUCCGAUGGAGGAAGUUGAGCACCGUGAAAGACGGUUGAGGAUUGAGGAUUUAUAGAGACAAGUUGCAGAUUUAAAUCAGCGUGUAGUGGUGGCUAUGUGAAAACUUGAAGAUCGUGAGAGAAUAUUGUUGAUUGGAUCAAUAAAGUGGAGCGGUUCUUCGACCAUAAACAAGUUCCGGAUCGGAUGAAGGUGAAGUUGAUUGCCAUCAAACUCAAAGGUCUAGUAUCGACAUGGUGGGAGCACUUGCGACGCUUACAAGGCCGACAAGGUAAGGCCAAGAUCAAGAAUUGGGAGAAGAUGAAGAAAAAUAUGAAAGGUCAGCUUCUUCCCUUUGGCUACACUCAAACUUUGUCCCAAAGAUGAUUAGGUUUUGCCAUGGAGGAUAAUAGCCUCGAUGCCCAAGAAGACCUUGACGAAGACGUAAUUUAUGGUGAUGGCCCUGAGACUUUAUUUGCUUGUAAGGAAUUUGACUCAGAAGAAAUUGAAGAGAAAUCUCGAUCUUAAAUUGGAGACAAGACCAAGAUGAUUAGCGAGCCGAUAUAUGGGAAUAAUAGUGAUAGAGAUUGUGUUUUGGUGGUCAUUGAUUCCAAUGCUCCAUAAAAUUCCCUUGAACAAUCUGUAAAAGCUCCAGAAGCUGAUGUAAAGGAGUUGGGAAGUACGGUCCAACAUCAUGAAGGUGGUGGGAAAGAAAGAGGGUUUCAAAUGCACGUUUCCCGACUGCAUUUUGCAUGUCCUCACCAAUCACGCUCCUAAAUUCCUCGGCCUCUUGCUUGGCAUGAAGAUCCUGAUCAAGGAGUUGGGUGAGUUGCGGAGCUAGUGCGAUGACGUCAAGCGAGAGGUCAAUAACGAGGCCUGCCAGGGCAUGGAGGCCACCAACGAGGUCAUGCUUUGGCUCCAAAAUGUCGAGCGUUGCAGGCAGCCUGCAUAACGAAUAACUUCGAGAUCAACAACGUAAACCUGGCCACCGUCGACUCCCGAUCCAAGCUCGCCAUCAGCUACCACCUCAGCAAGCAUGCCGAAGUCGCCCGCGGUGAGACCACCAUGCUCAAAAUCAAGGCCCGCUUCAACAAGGAUGCCGAUCCGCUUUGUGGAGAGCCCCAGCGCGCUCACCGUAGGCAUGGACUUAAAGAUCAAGCAGCUUCAGAAGACAUGCAGAGACGAUGUGGGUGCCAUUGGGAUCCAUAGCAUGGGCCGCGUCGGACAGAUGACGCUACUUAACUGGUUCAUCAAUGAGUUGCUCGUCUAGGUGACACACCUCGACGUGGUGAAUUCAGUCAGGGUCACCCAUAAUUUUGACGUAGAGAAGAUCCGAUCAUGUGCCAUCAUCAUGUGUUCGACCUCUCAGGAGAAUUGCCUGAGGUCGGAGCCACGACCGAGGGCGAAUAAGUCUGUUGCUAAGGAUGUCGCUUUUGGGUCGAAUUCUGCUAACGCUUCUAGAUUUUGUAGUCACAUUGAGAAGUUGGCAUUCCUCAAGAUGUAUGGUGAAUCUUUGGAAUUGUUUGAGAUCUAUAGAUUGAAGCACAAACUUGUCGCAGCUAACACCAACACCUAUGAUGCUCUCAUCAGUGCUUGUAUCAGUCUGAAAUCAACCAGAGCAUUAUAUUUGGUGUUUCGGCAUAUGAUCGAUGUAGGUUUUGAGAUGGAUCAGUAUAUGUGAAACCGUUUGCUGGUCAUGCGGGUGAAAUGCAGCAUGAUGGCGGAUGCACGAGGACUGUUUGAUGAAAUGUCUGAGAGGAACAUUGUGUUUUGGAGCAUUCUUAUCCAUGGUUACGUGCGAUGCGGAUACCCAAAACAAACUUUGGAGCUCUACCAGCGGAUGCUCGUUGAAGGAGUUAGAACUGAUCAAGUCCGUGUAGUCGGUGUCAUUUCCGCAUGUUUGCAAUUGGGUGCGCUUGAUCAAGGUCGAUGGAUACACUCCUACAUGAAGAAGAAUAGUCGAUUGCUGGACGUUGUCACGGAGACAGCGUUGGUCGAAAUGUACAUAAAAUGCGGGGACUUGCAGCAUGCCCGGUUGGUGUUCAACCGAAUGCCAAAGAGGAGCUUUUGGGUGAAAACAUGCCGUACGGCUUCAAAAAGGUUUCAUAACAAGAUAUCACUGACCGGUAGUUCAGACCAAGGUAUCAGGUGCAGCCCUCUCUCAAGCAAGGCUCUUAAUUGCUCUGCUGGUAGGAGGGACAGCAAGACCCCAAUUGCAGCGACAAAAAAAUCUAUUGUUUCUUUCCAAUCACUAUUCCAUUGGAGCAAUGGAAUAGUGAUUUCAUCUAAGGAUGUUUUACCCUCGAAUAUCACAAGAGGCACCUACUUGGAGUCCAAUCAAUUUCCCCUGCCUUUACAUUCAUAUCAGACUUCACAGAUGAGGCAGUGCUUGACCAACUCUACACCUUGGUUUUCUCCGAGUCCUCAUCAUGCUUCGUGGGUUGUUCCAUCACACGGGUCACCUUUUGAUUCAACGACACAUCAUUCUUCUGCAAUAACUUCUGAAACAUCUCAAGUAACACCUGCUAGAGACACUUCUAAAUUUCAUGCAGCAAAUAUGCAGUUUACCUCUCCAAGUGCCUUGCUGCCUCGUCAAGACACUCCAAGUAUUUUUACAGUAAUGUUAAGUGAGAUUCAAAAUAAGGAAGCUUCUCCUGUAGGAAUUAAAAGCCCCUCUACUAGGGAGAAGUCCAAAAAGAGGAAAAAUAUUUCUGCAUUGGAGGAGCCUCUGUUGAAUAUUUCUACUCCCCAAUCUCAAUCAGAUUCUGCUUCUGCCAUAUGUCACUAGUAAUCUGCCUAGUUCUUCAUCCCUUCCUCGAUUGUUUAGUUCACUAAGUCCUAUUUCUACAUUGUGCUUUGAUCCAAGUGGAAUGUUGCUGGUGACAGCUUUCUAUCCACGGUCACAACAUCAACAUUUUUGGUUUUAUGAUCUCUAUGCUUAACAGUUCUGAAGGAUCCAAUGCUAAAGGCUCUUUUAUUCAUCUCUAUAGGUUGCAGCGUGGCAUUACCAAUGCAGUUACAGGACAUCAGUUUCAUUUAUUUGAACUUUUUUCUUCUGAUGCUGUUACAAUUCAGGGAGGUUAAAUUUGCAAACACCUCGUAUGCUAUAAAUACACAGGUUGUUGAUGCAAACGAUCAAAAGAUUGAAGCUGAUGAAGCAAUCAACUUGGUUGAAAUAUAGUCUGCUGAUGGAAUUGAUUGUGCAAAAUUGGUUUUGAGCUUCUAAAAUUUGGAAAUAAAGUUGCAUCUGGAUCAACGAGAAUUCCCAAGGUUCAACAACUGUUAGUAUUUUUGCUGAUUUGGCAUCCGAUGAUCUUCCUCAUGGGCUACCACUUGAAACUACUCUGAAGGGCGAGUUCUUUUCAA